AUGGCAUCCCAAGGCGGCAGCAACGACAACAAUAAGUCGGCAGACGCGCCACCAUAUACUCGCGAGGAGAGGGCUUGGCUAAAGGACAACUACCGGGGCGAGUUCCACUUCGUCAACAGCUACGAGCUCAGCAUUCACAGCGACGCGGACCAAGAGGAGGGCCGGCGAAUCGCGCGCGGCCUGAUCGAGUCGGACAGCCUCGGCUCCGAGAGUGGCGCCGGGCAGGAACAGCAGCAGCAGUCUAGCGGAAGUCAGGGUCAGAAGUCCGCUGAGACCCGGAAGUAG